AUGAUUUGGAUACUUUUAUUAUUUAUUUUACUCAAUUUCACUGAAUCUGAAAUUAUUCGACAAUGUAAUUGUAAAAAAUAUGAGAAUUGUUUGAACGCUGAAGAAGAGCCAAGUGUUAAAAAAUGUUUGAAAACUUGUGAUUCAAUUUAUCCAUCUUCUAAUGUUGUUCCAUGUUUGACUUCGUUUACUGACGAAAUGGAAGAAUUAAAGGAUUGCCCAUAUUCUGCCAAAAAUGGAAUCAAAGGGUCAGUUUUUCUUCUUCAGAAAUAAAAGAUUCAAUAUUCGAGCUAUCCUUUUUUAGCUGUUCGAAUCGAAAUCGAAAUAUCUUACGGCGAAGAAGUGUUGGAGAAUUUCGAGAUUUUAUGAUCCACGCAAUGGAAGUCAAUUUGAAAGAUUUUGGUAAGAAAAUACAUACUAUUAUUUACACAAAAUAAUUAAACUGAAAGGGCAAAUUUUAUCAUCUCAACAAGUUUUCAAAAUAAAAUUAUAUAAAUAGCAACAUUUUUCAGAUGAAUCUCGAAGAUUCAAAAACCAAAAAGCUGCAAAACAAGCAGAAUGUGUAUUUGAAUGUAUUUAUCCGGGAAGAAAUUCGUGUACUCAAAAACUCGAAUGUGAUUUAUUUUUGCCCCCUGAAGAAGAAUAUUUCUAUCAAUUUUAUCGAUGUGCUUAUCGACAAAAGUUUUUUCAAAAAAUCUGAAGUCAUGUACAAAUGUUUAUGUAAGUUAAUUCGAAUUCAAAUUUAAACUUUGAAAGUUGACUGAAAUUGUUGUUUUUUCAGCGCGUCUCUUCGUAACUGAUUCGUCAUUGAUACAACGAGACAACAAAACAAGAAAACGUCACUAG